AUGGUCGUCAGCCAAUCCGUCGUCGGCCGCACGAAUGCGGAGAAACCCCACGGUCUGGCGGGUAUGCUCAAGAACCCCUACGUCUUCAUGACCUGCGCCUUUGCCUCGCUCGGUUGUAUCAUGUACGGAUACGAUCAGGGUGUGAUGAGUCCUGUUCUUGUGAUGGAGAACUUCCAGAAUCACUUCCCUGGCCUCAUGGGCUCAACGAUCCAGGGAUGGCUGGUGUCGGCGCUUGAGCUUGGUGCUUGGGCGGGUGCGCUGUUUAACGGGUAUCUUGCCGACAGGAUCUCGCGUAAGUAUUCGAUGAUGGUGGCUGUUGUUGUCUUCACCCUUGGCUCUGGGCUUCAGGCUGGUGCGCAGACGCCGGCGUAUUUCUUUGCUGGACGUAUUAUUGGUGGUUUGGGGAUUGGCAUGUUCAGUCAUGUCAUUCCUCUGUACCAGGCUGAGAUUGCGCCGCCUGAGCUGCGUGGUUCGCUUGUCUCGCUGCAGCAGUUGUCCAUCACCAUCGGAACAGCUGUGGCGUUCUGGCUCGACUAUGGAAUGCAAUUCGUCGGCGGCACCACCUGCAACCCUGAAGGCCUCAGCGACCCCUACCUCGCCGACGGCUCCUUCGACUACGAAACCGCCCACGGCCACACCUGUCUCGGCCAGAAGACCAUCGCCUGGCGCUUCCCCCUCGCCCUGCAGAUUCUCUUCGCGUGGGUCCUCUUCUUCGGCAUGUUCUUCUUCCCCUUCUCGCCCCGCUGGCUCAUGUCCCAGCACCGAGAGGAAGAGGCGACCAUUGCGCUGUCGAAGUUGCGCAGGCUCGACCCCAACGAUCCGCUUAUCAGGGCGGAGGUGCUUGAGAUCAAGGCCGCUGUCAUGUUUGAUGAGGAAUCGGACCGCGAGGCCGUUGCGGUUGGUGGAAAGCUCGCGCCGUGGAAGGCCCUCUUUGCGCCGAACAUGUUUAAGCGGUUGGUUCUUGGAUGUGGUAUGCUCUCUCCCCUCCUCUGGCUUCCCUCAGCAAAAGCUAAUGCCAGGCGUCGUGCAGGAAUGAUGAUCUGCCAGCAAUUCACGGGUAUCAACGCAGUCCUCUACUACGCGCCGCAAAUCUUCGCCUCGUUCGGCUUCUCCUCGUCCAAGCAGACCCUCCUCGCCACCGGCGUGACAGGUAUCCUGCAAAUCAUCUUCACCCUCCCCGCCGUGCUCUUCCUCGACAAGUUCGGACGCAAGACCUUCCUUAUUAUCGGUGCCGCUGGCAUGUUCUGCUGCCACAUCGUCGUCGCGACCGUCGAGGGUUUAUACCAGGACGACUGGGCGCUCAAUGAAGGCUUGUACAAGGCGCAGGGAUGGGUCGCUAUCGCGUUCAUCUGGCUCUUUGCGGUGAACUUUGCGUAUUCGUGGGGUCCCGUCUCCUGGGUGCUCGCUCAAGAAAUCUUCCCCAACAGCGCUCGCUCCCGCGGCGUGUCCAUCGUCGCGUCGACAAACUGGAUGUUCAACUUCGUCAUUGGUCUGACGACCAAGGACAUGCUGAACAGCAUGAAAUACGGCACGUACAUCUUCUUCGCGAUCUUCAGUGCGCUUGGCGGCGCCUUCAUUUGGUGGUUUGCCCCUGAGACCAAGGACAAGACGCUCGAGGAACUCGAUAUUUACUUUGGGGGUGGUUCCGACUCGAUUGCGGAGGCGGAUCGUGCUCGGAUGGCGCGGAUUAAUGAGGAGCUGGGCCUUAGCGGCGUGGAGAAGGUUGAGGACUUGGUGGAUGAGAAGAAGGCUGCUCAUGAUGAGUUGAGGGAGAUUCAACUCGGUCUCCGAGUCUCCGGCUCGAAACGACCUGGGAGCUACCCCGCUUCGAGGGGUAUAAAGGCCCCUGUCCCGGACGCCGAAUCUCUUCUUCAGACAUCAUCACAUCCUCUACCAUCUCUUAACGUUUUCACCUCUUUCUACAUCACUCAAGACAUCAUGGGUUGGUUCGACGGCGACACUCACCAGUCCCGCUCCUACGAGGAGUUCAACAACCUCGAUGCUGGCAACGAGGAGCACCGUGCCAAGUUCUCCCACGAGCUCAUCGCCGGCGCUGCCUCCUUCGAAGCCAUGAAGGCCUACGAGCAGCACUGCGAGCGUAACGGCAAGCCCGAGUCCCACGAGACCGCCAAGGAGCUCCUCGCUGGUUUCGCCGGCGCCUUCAUCGACCGCGAGGUUGAGACCCGCGGCCUGGACUUCAUUGACCGUGAGAAGGCCAAGCGCCAUGCUCGCCAGCAGGUUGAGGAAGCCUCCCGCCAGGACUUCUAG